AGGCGAUCCAGUCAGUAGCGCUUCCAUCGCGGAGAGAGCAGAUUGAACGAGUUGAGGCGUCGCUUUUCAGUUUCACAUCCAUCAUCAGCACCACAACCCCCGGACCACUGGGGAACAAGCGUUUCAUUCUCCUGCUCUUUUACAAAUUCUCCCCAAAAACAUGUCUGUGGGUAGUGACUUUGGGAACCCUUUAAGGAAAUUCAAACUGGUCUUUCUGGGGGAGCAAAGCGUUGGCAAGACGUCUCUGAUCACGAGGUUCAUGUAUGACAGCUUUGACAACACCUAUCAGGCCACAAUCGGAAUAGACUUCCUAUCAAAAACGAUGUACUUGGAAGACCGAACGGUGAGGUUGCAGCUGUGGGACACGGCAGGACAGGAGCGCUUCAGGAGCCUCAUACCCUCCUACAUACGAGAUUCUACUGUGGCUGUGGUGGUUUAUGAUAUUACAAAUGUGAACUCCUUCCAGCAAACGUCCAAAUGGAUCGACGACGUCAGAACAGAGAGAGGAAGUGAUGUCAUUAUCAUGCUGGUCGGCAACAAAACAGACUUGGGAGAUAAGAGGCAGAUCACCAUAGAGGAAGGAGAACAGCGGGCCAAGGAGCUCAGCGUCAUGUUUAUUGAGACCAGCGCCAAGACAGGCUACAACGUCAAACAGCUGUUUCGGCGUGUGGCAGCUGCCCUUCCUGGGAUGGAGAGCAUGCAGGAGACAAGCAAGGAGGGGAUGAUUGACAUCAAGCUGGACAAACCACAGGAGCCUCCAACCACUGAAGGCGGGUGCUCCUGUUAGUCCCAACACCUGAUUGGUGCAUCUUCAUCUCCACCACAUGCUUGUUGUGUUGGUUCACCUCCAGUAGAGCUUUCCGAUUGGGAUUUAUCUUAAUACUGGUCAUCAGUUGGAAACUAGCGUUACAUACAUUUCAGUUGUAAAAUAGUGUACUUUAUUAAAGGAAUUGCCAAAAAGUCUUAAAAAUUUACAAAAUGAUCAACAACAACAAAAACGAAGCCCUCUCAAACAUGUGAACUAUACUUUUCUUUUUUUUAAAGUAGAAUGGUAGGUAAUUAUUUAUUUCUUUUCAUAUUUUUGUAUAUUAAAAGAAAUGCUUUGAAAAGUUGCAGAUGACCAAGUUCUCCCCUUGUAUGUAUCCCCAAUGGCACCCUAUUCCCUAUGUAGUGCACUACUUUUAGACCAGAGCCCUAUGGCACCCUAUUCCCUAUGUAGUGCACUACUUUUAUGGCACCCUAUUCCCUAUGUAGUGCACUACUUUUAGACCAUAGCGCUAUGGCACCCUAUUCCCUAUGUAGUGCACUACUUUUAGACCAUAGCCCUAUGGCACCCUAUUCCCUAUGUAGUGCACUACUUUUAGACCAGAGCCCUAUGGCACCCUAUUCCCUAUGUAGUGCACUACUUUUAGACCAGAGCCCUAUGGCACCCUAUUCCCUAUGUAGUGCACUACUUUUAGACAAGAGCCCUAUGGCACCCUAUUCCCUAUGUAGUGCACUACUUUUAGACCAGAGCCCUAUGGCACCCUAUUCCCUAUGUAGUGCACUACUUUUAGACCAGAGCCCUAUGGCACCCUAUUCCCUAUGUAGUGCACUACUUUUAGACCAGAGCCCUAUGGCAUAGGGUGUCAUUGGGAUGGAAGGAACGAGCAGCAUGGAACAAGUAGUCCAAUGGCUCGACAGAGGGCACACUAUUCCCUAUGUAGUGACCCCUAGUGCUCUGGUCAAAAGUAGUGCACUAUAUAGGGAAUAGGGUGCCAAUUUGGAUGCUGUAUAUCUAACGCAUGUUGUUCUUUUUGUUUUGUUUUUUUAGGUACUAUUGUGCUCUCUACUGAUGUACACGAGUUUGAAUGUGUAAAUGAUCUUUGAUCAUGUGACUUAAUGCACUCUUUGGAAAUGUCUUGUUAUUUUAGGUUUUUCACAAAAUGCUGUCAGUGAAACUGCAUUUGUAUACUUGAGUUUAGACCAUCGUUCAUUGUCAAACGUGUGUUCGUUAGUGUGUGUAAAUGUACGCUUACUAUAUUAGGCAACUGUAGAUCGCAACCAUCCACAGAGGGCAGCUGCCACGCGGUGUCCUCACUGAGGCCCAUGUCCCAGCUGUAGAGGGCAGCUGCCAGGCAGUGUCCUCACUGAGGCCCGUGUCCUAGCUGGUUAUCACUACUGUAGAGGGCAGCUGCCAGGCGGUGUCCUCACCGAGGCCCAUGUUCUAGCUGGUUAUCACUACUGUAGAGGGUAGCUGCCAGGCGGUGUCCUCACUGAGGCCCGUGUCCUAGCUGGUUAUCACUACUGUAGAGGGCAGCUGCCAGGCGGUGUCCUCACUGAGGCCCAUGUCCUAGCUGGUUAUCACUACUGUAGAGGGCAGCUGCCAGGCGGUGUCCUCACUGAGGCCCAUGUCCUAACUGGUUAUCACUACUGUAGAGGGUAGCUGCCAGGCGGUGUCCUCACUGAGGCCCAUGUCCUAACUGGUUAUCACUACGGUAGAGGGCAGUUGCCAGGCGGUGUCCUCACUGAGGCCCAUGUCCUAGCUGGUUAUCACUACUGUAGAGGGUAGCUGCCAGGCGGUGUCCUCACUGAGCCCCAUGUCCUAACUGGUUAUCACUACUGUAGAGGGCAGCUGCCAGGCGGUGUCCUCACUGAGGCCCAUGUCCUAACUGGUUAUCACUACUGUAGAGGGCAGCUGCCAGGCGGUGUCCUCACUGAGGCCCAUGUUCUUAGUGCCACAUCACUAGCUGGUUUGUGUUUCUCUUUCGUGUGCAGUGUUUGUUUCACAGGUACUCACUGCCAUGCCGCUCCUGUUGCUGCUGCACUGUAUCAUACUGUGUCAUCGUGAUUAGGGGUGUGUCCCGAAUACCACCGUGCUCCCUAUAUAGUGCACUACUUUUUACGGCAAGGUAAUUCUUACAUUUGGAUAGUCCAUCUACACUAACAAUGAAACAAUCUACUAACCCUAACCCUAACCCUCUACACUAACAAUGAAACAAUCUACUAACCCUAACCUUAACCCUUAUUGUAAACCUGACCCCUACCCUACCCUAACCCCUAACCCCCUAACCCCUACCCUAACAUUAACCCUUAUUGUAACCUUAGCAAGCAGUUGCUUAUCAACAGUCUGUUGAUUGUAUGACCAUCUAGACAAUUUAUUUCCAUUUAUUUGUAUAGUCUAUGACGAUUGUUUCUGUUUUGUAUUUAAAGCAUCAUAAAAUAGUUCAAAGACUA